GACGGCUCGUGCUCAAGCAAAGACACACGUUUGUUUGAGUGCGUUUGAGUUUUUUGAGUAGUCAACAUCGCGUUGUUGUAUUCUUCGCUUCCUUCUCGCUAGUUAUUAAUUUAUUUCGUAUUAAAAAAAAAAAGAAAUAAAAUAGUGACUCAAAAAGAAUCGAAUCAAAGCAAAUAAAGAUAAAAAAAAGAUAAAGAAAAUAAAACAAGACGAUAAAGUCGAGUCAAAUGUUUAAAUCGGAGGAUAUUCCCGAUAGUUUAACUUGUUGGUUGGAGGAGUUGCGUUUUCGUACGGAAAAUUACGAGCCGUCGCGGUAUUUUCGACCGAACUCGUCGGAGUUUUCGUUGUUGUUGUGUUCGAAACAAGAAAAUAAGGAGAUUAGUAUGCACAAAGAUUCGAAUAAUUCGAAAAGUGUUUACGUUCGGCUUUGGGAGUGCACGUCGAGCGGUUCCGGGCAAAGUUCGGCCGAUUGUAAAAUUAAUUUCGCGGAAGAACGACCGGUUUCGACCGUUUUUCAAGAAUGCGUCGAACAGGAAUUUAAUAAACGUCCGGUUAAAGUCGAAAAAGUCGAGUUUUAUUUAACCAAAGAUGUUCUUCACUGGAUUACCAAUUUGUGGUAUAGUAGCGAGGAAGAAGAUGAAUUUGAAGAGGAGAUUCUUGAUAAAUGCACGGAAUUCGACCAAAAACAUUCCAAUUCACCGACGAGGCCUAAACCAGCGAAAUUCCCGGCGAUUCCUGAUGAUGGCAUCGGCGGGGUUGAGUUAAGGAGAAGCGAAUCGAGCUCGAAUAGGAAGGAAUACGCUCAAACUAUUCAUGAAACUACGAAUAGUAUUAAAGGUUUCACAAAAGGACCAUAUAAAUUAAAAGGCGACAACAACACAAAAUUAAAAGUUGACAAUGGAAAGAUCGAAAUCGGAGAGCACCAAAUCCAAUUUUUCAGCAACGAUUGCCUACUCAGGACGGAAAUGGUCGAAGGAAAAGUAGAAAUCGAAAAACACCAAAUCACCUACAAAACGAAAGACGGAAUUAGAACCGUCGUUUUUAAAAAUCCCAUUCGAAAUCAAGACUCGAUUUUGGCCGACAGCCGAAACUUUUUGCGCAAAUUCUUGCGGCGUCGUUCCGAUAAACAUUUAUUAGAAAAAAAGGGUAUAUUAAAGAACGAAAAUGUUUUCGGGAAUAAAUUACCCGUUUUGAGGGAUCGUUUUGAAGGAAACGCCGUUCCUCCCUUUGUCAAAAAAAUCAUGGCUUUAAUCGAGCAAGAAGAUAACAUCAAAACGGAGUACAUUUAUAGGAUUUCCGGGAAUAUGGCUGUUAUACAAAAAAUUAGGCUACAAAUCGACGAGAAUAACAUCAAAAUUUUAGAUAAACACGUCAAAGACGUCGAAGUUUUAACCGGAACUUUAAAAUUAUUUUAUAGAGAAUUGGUCGACCCAGUUUUGCCCCAUAAAGAUUUUGAGAAGCUAAAUAAAAUCAUGGAAAACACAAAGCUUAGCCCAAACGAACGCUCAACCCAAGUAAUCGAAACAAUAAACGAAAUCGAAUCCCCUUUUAAAGAGAACUUAAAAGAAUUAAUCGAGCAUUUAUUAAAAAUCGAAUCAAACAGCUCCUACAACAAAAUGACCCUACAAAGCUUAGCGAUCGUUUGGGGCCCCUCUUUAAUUUGGUACCAACAAGAUAAAAACCCCGAUCCGGGUUACAACGCGGUUAAUUUUAGUUUGUUGGCGAAUAAAGUGGUGGAAAUGAUUUUCGUCUCGUACAAAAUGGAUUUGCAACAAUUAACUUCAUCCGAAUUUAGGGGCGAAGAAACUAAGAUUAAAGAGGAUUUAGCGAUGGUUCCGGAAGAAAAAGUAAUCGAACGGCAAUUUUCGGAAGAAGGAACAACCAAAAACACGAUGGCUUCGUUUGUUGGUGGAAUUUUCGGGCUUAAAAAGACCGAAUCUAAGGAAGCUUUAUUUGGGAGCAGUUGGAGUUUAAGCUCGUUUGGAUCGGAAUCGAAAAAAGUUAAUGAUAAUCCUUUUUAUGAUUAUCCGUUCGAAUCUUUGCCGAAGCGCGAAAAUGAAUCGAUCCCGUGGGUGAUUUGCGAUAUUUUAAAGGUUUUAGAAGGAAAAGUAGGUACGAAAGAUCUCUACAUAACCUCUUCGAGUAAAGAGUACAUGAAUAAAUUUAAAAGGAGGAUUUCCAAAAAAAACCCAGAUAUAAGCAAGAUGGAGCCGUUGGAUUUAGCGAUAAUAUUGUUAAAGAUUCUAAAAGAAUUAAACGAUAAAUUAGUCCCCGAAGAAAUAUUUUUGGAUUAUUGCGACAAUUACGAAAGACUUACCUCGGAUCAAAGAAAAAGGCUCGUCGAAACUCAUCUUGAGAAUCUCCCCAAAGACCGGAAACUAACCCUAGAAAAAAUAAUGGAACAUUUAUUCAACAUGUUUCAGCACCCAAACACCAAUAGAAACGCAAUUGGAAACGUUUGGUUACCAAUUUUUUGUUGUACAACUAAAAUUAGUGACCACUCAUUAACUUUUACUCGCUUAAUUUUUAAUUAUUAUGAACAAAAAUUGUUUCCCAACACAAUUCCUAUCUCUAAUUUAGAAAAUAAGGCGGAAAAUACUAAUAAACCGUUUGAGUAUCAAGUGAAAAUACGCAACGAAGAGGGCGAAUGGAAAACGACCUAUUCCGAAACAACAACAACAACGUCGGUGCAAAAUAAAAUUCCAACCAAGGAGGAUGUUAAAAAUAAUUUUAGUAACGCGCAACUAAAUAGUAUAGCAAAUAGCAUGGGGAAAAACGUGCAAGGUUUAAAUAAAUAUUCAACGAAAUGGAGAAAUGUUGGUGCGGAAAAGAAAUCAUAAACAAAAAAAUUGAUUUAGUGUGAUAAUACUCAAAGUGAUUUAUUUAUAAGGUAUAUGU